AUCUGGUGCAGGUUUAUAGAUUAAAACCUGAGAUGGAAAAUCAGCUCUAUUGUUGGUAAAAGAAACGUUGUCAAAUCGCUGGGACCAGAUCGACUACACCCGCUGUCGAAUAGGUCACUCCAGGAUGAUGCACAAGUUUUUAAUAUUAGGAGAAGACUCACCAACGUGUACCUUCUACCAGAAUCCAUUAUCCUUGAAACAUAUUUUAUUGGACUGUACUGGUCUUAACCCUGUGAGAAACCUUUUUUAUUCAGUCAGCACUCUGGAAGAAAUUUUUAACAAAAUCAAACCUAACACAAUUUUAAAGAUUUUAGGACAAAUAAGUUUUAAAAACCUUAUAUAGAGUUCCUUACGCAUUUCUCGCCAUGGAAAUAGCCAUAGAAGCUGGCAUGGCGUUUAAAAAGCCAGACAAACAAACCUGAGAUGGCCUACCUCUGUCUUUUCACCACAUACAUGUAUUAUGUAUCAUUUGCAUAUCAACUUCCCUCCAAGUCAUUUGACACCCAAGCUUUAUAGCUGAAUCCAGGCAACCGGCAUGACUUGCAUGCCAGAAGGAAGCAGACACACAUCAGGAGGACACCAAAGACGGAUCAUGACCUUCAUAGCCAAGAUGUUUUAUGACCUGCGUGCUACCACGCUGGAAGGGGACUCUAUCGAUUUUAAUGUCUACCGAGGACGAGUGGUACUUAUCGAGAAUGUUGCAUCGCUAUGAGGCACCACCACCCGGGACUACAGCCAGCUCAACCAGCUCCAGAGCAGGUACCCGCACCGGUUUGUGGUCCUGGCCUUCCCCUGUAAUCAGUUUGGCUACCAGGAAAACUGCAGAAAUGGAGAGAUCCUGAACUCCUUGAAGCACGUACGACCAGGUGGAGGGUUUGAGCCUUUGUUCACCAUUUUUGAGAAGUGCGAUGUGAAUGGGGCUAGCACACAUCCUGUCUUCGCAUACCUGAAAGACAAACUUCCGUACCCCGAUGAUGAUCCAGUCUCUCUUAUUCAGGACCCCAAGUUCUUAGUGUGGAGUCCCAUCAGCAGAACUGAUAUCUCAUGGAAUUUUGAGAAGUUCCUGAUUGGCCCAGAGGGCGAGCCCUUCAAGAGAUACAGCAAAAACUUCGAGACCAUUAACAUCGAACCUGACAUUCAAAGGCUAUUGAGGCUGACCAAAAACUAAUCAAACUAAUCAGUUGCCUCAGAAUGUAUUACAUUUUAUUGUAGAUACCACUGUGCACCCCUCUACCCUUUCUUAUUUUACUUAAUGAAGUUGAUGCUCUAAAGUAACGUAAGGAGUAUUAACUGAGGUGUCGUAAAUAUAAAAAAGACAUGUAGAGGAUGCUAACAGAGAUGUAUUGAAAGGAUUGUUUUAAUAAUAAUAAAACAACAAGAACAC